AUGACGAAACCCAACCGCCACGAGCUCGACAACCUGCCAGUUCCUGCUGAGCAACCUUACACUGGCGGCGCCGCAGUCUCCUCUGCUACUGCUACUGCUGCUGCUGCUCAUGCGCCUGGACCCCAAAAGUCCCCUCUUCUUCACUACCACGUUCCCUGCGCCGCCAACGUUAUUACCCCGCCGGCCAGUCCCCCCGUGCCGCCAAGUUCGCUCCAAGAGGACGAUUCCCACUCCAACUUUUCCGCGACCGCCGUGACUGGCACAGCUGCAGCAACCCGCCCCUCCAGUGACGACACAUGCUCGCUGGCGCAGUCGCAAACCAGCACCGCGUACAGUUCGCGCAGGGAAUACAUGGACAGCCUGGUGCCGCCGUCGCACGACGAGUUUGAAAAGAUUGCUGAAGUGCAGCGCGCCCGCGAAGAGGAAUUCAAGAAGAACAAGUCCAAACUGCGUUCCAUGCAGACCCAACACCUCCACGACCACUUCCACACUCCCCGGCACUCCCAGGACGGCCAUAAAGACGCCGCCGCCGCCGCCGCCGCCGCCGCCGCCGCCGUCGGGGACGAGGCACAAUCCCAACCACAGUCGCAGUCACAGCCGGGGGCUGGAGGGCGCGAGAGGAGUGACAGCGACGCCAUUAGUAGGGCUGCGGCGCUGAUCCAACGGAACUACCGCGGGUACCGCGUGCGGCGAGAGAUGCAGGGCCUGAGCCUCGACCCCUCGACGAGAUGGGUAUCGGCCAUCGACGAGCUGCAGUUCCGCGAGCUCAACCGCCCGCGCGCAAAGAGCUCCGCCAGCGCGGCAGGGUUGGCCGCCGGCAACAGCGACCAGCACAGCGUGCUCUCGAGGGACUCGGAGGGGGGCAUGAGCCGCCCGGCGACGGCGCGGGAGAACUGGAAGAAGGCGGCGACCAUCGCGCGGCGCGCGGGCCACGACGACCUCGAGUCCGACUCGGACUCGUCCGCAUCGUCGUCGGACCCCGAGGAGACGCCCGAGCACCGGGAUGAGAAGAGGAGGCGCCGCGACGAGGCCGUCGCGCGGCGGAAGAAGGACUCCAAGAUGAUGGGGCUGCAGUACUUCCUCGAGAUGGUCGACCUCAAGCACCGGUACGGCAGCAACCUGCGCGUGUACCACGAGGAGUGGAAGAAGACGGACACGAACGAGAACUUCUUCUACUGGCUCGACCACGGCGGCGGACGCAACGUCGAGAUGGAGGCGUGCCCGCGCGACCGCCUUGAGAGGGAGCAGGUGCGGUACCUGUCGCGCGAGGAGAGACAGUACUACCUGGUACAGGUGGACGACGAGGGGCGGCUGUGCUGGGCCAAGAACGGCGCGCGCAUCGACACGACCGAGGCGUACAAGGACAGCAUCCACGGCAUUGUGCCCGCCGACGACCCGACGCCCGCCUGGUCGCAGAACAAGCUGCCACCGCCUCCCGACUCGGGCAACCACAACGACGACGGCAACGACGAUGAAGACGACGACAGCCGGUCCGAGUCCUCGGUGGAGUCGGCGCUGGAGGCGGACCGCGCGGCCAAGUACGCGACGCCGGAGCUCGACGGCGCGACGGGGGUGCGCAAGGUGUCGCACAUCUCGGCGGCGACCGUCUUCAACAAGCUGCUGCGCAAGUCGGUCAAGAAGAACACGUGGAUCUUCGUGGCGGACACUAGCUUCCGGCUGUACGUGGGGAUCAAGUCGUCGGGGGCGUUCCAGCACUCGAGCUUCCUGCAGGGCAGCCGCAUCUCGUCGGCCGGGCUCAUCAAGAUCAAGGACGGGCGGCUGUCGAGCCUGUCGCCGCUGAGCGGGCACUACCGGCCGCCGGCGUCCAACUUCCGCGCCUUCGUGCGGAACCUCAAGGACGCCGGCGUCGACACGUCGCACGUGAGCAUCUCCAAGUCGUACGCCGUGCUGGUCGGGCUCGAGGUGUACGUCAAGACGCGCCAGAAGGGCAAGCGGACGCUGGAGAGGGCCACACGCAAGAAGGACAAGAUCGUGUCGCCCGAGGCGGCCCGCCGCCGCGAGGAGGCCGAGCGGGACAAGUCCGAGAGCGCGGCGCGGGAGCGCGAGGUGCUCGAGAGGGAGGCCGAGGAGCGCGAGGAGAUCGAGCGGCGGCCCGGCUCAUGCGGAAACUGA